UGUGGUUGAGAGACGCCACCACUUCCGACGUUUCGCCACACUUUGGACGAGAGGGAACUUUGACCUACACGGGCAAAGGGAUUCUCGCGAAGGAUGAACGCCGAGGCUUCUACCCUGGAUAGGGGUUGAGGAAGCGCAAGACAAGGGACAGAGCUUCGGGGGGGCCCAAGGUUUGGACCAUCUCAGUUCAUCCCAUUUUCGGAUGGCACCUUCUGGUCCAGGACUGGGUUUUUUCCUCCUUAGGCAGGAUCAGAGAGACGGAGGCAGGAUGCAACCUUAUUCUGGAGAGGCAGCGAUCCCAUCCCGCCCCUGCUGGGGCAGGAAUCUGGGGGAACUGGUUUGGGCCUCCUGGUCUGUUCAGACUGGAUGGGAACUGGAGAACUCCACCCACCGUGGCAACCUAUAAUUUCCCCCCCAAUCUGCUCCCGGGCGGCUUGUUCUACAGGACUGUCUCCUCCACCUGUCGCAGCAUUCCCGGGUUUCUGCUCCGCUGCAGGUGCAACAAGAGAGAGAGAGAGAGAGAGACCACCAUGGGCUCCAUGGGGCUGCAGGUCUUGGGCAUCGCCCUCUCCGUCCUGGGCUGGCUGGGCACCAUCCUGUGCUGCUCGCUGCCCAUGUGGAGGGUGACCGCCUUCAUCGGCAACAACAUCGUGGUGGCCCAGAUCAUCUGGGAGGGCCUGUGGAUGGACUGCGUGGUCCAGAGCACCGGCCAGAUGCAGUGCAAGGUCUACGACUCCAUGCUGGCCUUGGGGCAGGACAUGCAGGCCGCCCGGGCGAUGGUGGUCAUCGCCAUCCUCCUGGCGGUGGUGGGCCUCUUCUUCUCCGUCCUCGGGGGCAAGUGCACCAACUGCGUGGAGGACGAAGCCACCAAAGCCAAGGUCGUCAUCGCCGCCGGGGUGGUCUUCCUCCUCUCCGGCAUCCUGCUCCUUAUCCCCCUGUGCUGGACGGCGAACAACGUCAUCCGGGACUUCUACAACCCCAUGGUGAUGGAGAGCCAGAAGCGGGAGUUUGGCGCCUCUCUCUACAUCGGCUGGGCCUCCUGCGGCCUCCUCUUCCUCGGGGGAGCCUUGCUGUGCUGCAACUGCCCCCCGAAAUCCGAGAAGCCCUAUUCCGCCAAGUACACAGCGGCCCGAUCCAUGCCGGCCAGCAACUACGUCUAAAUUCUGCCCCUUUUGCCUGGGGCUCUUUUUAAAACUAUUCCUCCUGGGGUUUUCCCACUGCAGAGGUGGAUCGAAGUGACUGUAUGAUUUUUUUUUACAGGGUGGAAGAACCUUCCUUUGCCAGCAUGCCUUGAUCCUCAAGGUGAAAGAUUUGUUCUCGAUUCCCUACGCUCCCCGAUUGGCAGAAAUGCCGUCAAAGAGCCGGGAUCCUUUUGGGGAGAGCGAGACGGGGAGUCUGCCUGCCCGGGUGGCCACCACCCGGCUCAACCGAUGCUGCCAGCGUCUCCUUAUGAUUAGGCUCUUAAGAAAGCUGCUGACGGCAGAUCACCCAACCGGACUGGAGAAUAUGGGAGAGGCGGCUCUCUGCCUUGGGAUCAAGCGUUGGGAGACACGGAGGGAACGAUGGCUGUAGUUUGGGUGUGGACGAGACCACGUGGAUUCUGGGGACCGCUUCAAAGCCAACGAUGGAUCUGUAGUCCAGGAGGGCAGGGGUGGUAAAGAUGCCUUCCUAUGUCUACGUCUUCCUUAAAGAGAGAUCCACGCAAAAUGUGGUCCAUCUCAUGGGUUGAGGGCUUUAGAGACACUUUUCGGUUCCUCGUCGUCCGGGGUGUCUUUCUGUCCGGUCAGCAUGGGCUCCGGGGUUUAAGGCUUUUUAAACCCACCUGGGUGUUUAAUUGGGGAUAUUUUUUUUCUGUUGGUGUUGUACUGUAUCUCGAAAAUGGGAAACCUUGGUUCCUCUGCUCCUCCCCUGCCUCCGUCUCUCCUACCUCAAAAGAUAGAAACAAGCGCCCCAGCGGAUGGAAGGAGACCCUGUUGUCCAGCGGUGCCAAAAAGAUCAGCUUCCUCGAGAGGAAGGGAGUGGGCGGUUAAAGGAGAAAAGCUUGUUGUUCUGUGACUUGACCGGUGGCAGGACUGGCGAUUCAGGUUUGUUCCAGCUCUCCGGAGACCAGAUGGUGCCUUUACGUUGUGCAAUCAAGAGAAGAGGUAGAACAACCAGCUCGCAAGGAAACAAGUUUUUCCCUCUCUUGCAUAACGAGACCUGAGCCGAGGAGCCAGGCCUGAAACCAGGCGCCAACGCUGGGGCCAGCAUGUAAAUAAACACUAGCAAGGAAGCACGGGGCUCAUUUCUGAGCAUGGAAGAAAUUCUCUGAGCGCAAGCAGAGCGUCCCUACCUCCAAUCCUGCAAUUAAUCAAGGUGGGGCUUCCAAGCCAGUGUUGACCACAAUCACCUCUUUUGUCAAUAGUUAAAAUGUCUCUUCUCUUUCCUCUGGCUUUGCACGGCUGAGCCUUCCUCCUCCUCCUCCCCUCAGGACCGGACUGACCUGUGGAGAAGUCAGCCCUUCUCCAUUUUGCAAAUCCCCAACCUCAGACGUAGGCAGCAACACAGCGGUGUCUCUGAGCAUCUGCAAAGGGCCUUCUCCACAGCACUGAGUAAAUGCGUGAUGUGUAUUUGUCUUCUUUGGGGGGAUUUUUCUCCUGUUAUUACUGAGCAGAUUUGAAAAGUGCUGUCCAGAAUAAAUUACCUUCCCAAAACGGUUCUCUUGAGUUUUUUUUUAAGUCAGCGUGACCUCUGGUGUCUUUCCU